GCACCGGCGUUUCCUGUGACAGGUCAGCCAGUCCUGGGAGGCGGCCCAGGCGGCCGCUCUGGGGAGUCUGUCCCCAAGGACCCCCUCCGCCCCGCAGUCACUGCCAUCCUGAAGCAUGAGUGGCCCUGAGCCCCCCACGGAGACCCGGGGGCCCGACGACCCCACCUUGCCGACUCAGCCCACCUACAUCAACCUCGGGGAGGUCCGAGCCCACCUGCUGCCCUCCAAGGCCUGUCGCCCCCGGACGACCGAGGCCCUGCCCACCGCCCCGCAGCCCGCGCCCCCACCGCUGCCCAGGAAGACGCUGACCAGGACCCAGUCCGUGCCCACCCACCGGCCCGCCAGCCCCGGCCGCGCGCCCCGGGGCCCGCCGCGCAGGCCCCUCCUGGGCUCCCGCAGCCUGGACGAGGGCCAGGCGGGCGGCGACGAGGCCGGGCCCCCGUGUCCCCCCGCGGAGCCGGCCCUCGGCCCCCCGGACGCGGCGCUGGGCCUCUCCGUGCGCGACCUGCAGCGCCCCGAAGCCGUGCGCGCCGCACUGGAGGCCUGGCAGCUGGGGGCGCUGCGCGCCGUGCAUGCGCGCCUGCGGGCGCGGCUCCUGGGGGGCCACCCGGGUCCCUGCCACCCGGGCCACGCGCUGCGCCUGCUGGACAGCUCGCCGUGCGCCGAGAGCGGGGACGCACUCUACUACCGCGUGGUGCGCGUGGACGGGGACGCCUGGCACGUCCUAGCUGCCAAGGUGCCCAAGCCGGGAGCCGAGGAGCCCCACCCCUGGGGCCUGGAGCUGCAGGCCUCGCUGGCCGCCCACUUCAACCUCCAGGGGCUGUGCGGCCUGGUGCCCGAGGGUGCAGUGCCCCAGGCGCCCUGGAGGGGCCCCGUGGCGCUGGCGGCCGAGGUGCCCGAGCGCACGGUGGCCCAGUGGCUGGCGGAGGAGGGCGCACCGCGGCCACUGGUGGACGUGGCACGCGCGGGGGCCCUGCUGCUGCUGCAGCUGAGCGCCGCCCUGGAGCUCCUGGAGGCGCGGGGCGCGGUGCUGGCCGAGCUGCGGCCCGAGAACCUGUUGCUGGCCGCGCCCCGGGGCUGCGCGGCCGCCGGACCCCCGCGCCUGCUGCUCGCCGACUUCGGCCGCGUCCGCCCAUGCCCCCGGGGCCCCCCGGGCACCCACGCGGAGCCGUUCGCCCACCUGCUCCGCACGCUGCUCGGCCCCGCCGUGGCCUCGGCCGCGCCCUUGGCCCGGGGCCUGGAGCGCCUGGCGACCCAGCUGGCCCUCUCGCAGCCCUCGGCGGCCCAGACCCGCGGCGCGCUGCAGGCGCUGCUCUGGGGGCCCGGGCCCGAGCUGCACGGCCGCGGGGCCCCGCUGGGGCCCUGGCUGCGGGUGCGCCGUGCGCUGCUGGUCCUGCAGCUGGCCGAGCGGGCGGCGGGCGGGGAGGUGCCCGGCCUCGAGGACUGGCUGUGCUGUGAGUACCUGGCCGAGGCCACCGAGGCCUCGCUCAGCCAUGCCCUGGCGCUGCUGUGGGGCUGACCCCUCCCCGGAGCCACGCGCCUGUCCCAGGGCUGGGGCUGGUGGCAGGGUCUCCACGGUAGGGGGGACGCCCCUUCCAGAAGGGGUCAGGGUGGCCAAGAGGGCACCAGUGUGGACACUCCCAUUUCCAACGCCAGCCCCACUCUGUGCUGGGCACUUAGGCCCGAGGCCUCCCCAGGAAUGCAGGGGACCCCAUUCCCGGGCUGCGAGCCGAAAGCCAGGGCCUGCUGGGGCUGCCCAAUGCCAGGGCUGCCACCCGCCUCCCUGGGGGCACACUCCUGCCAAUCCACCAUCAUCUCCGAGUGUGGGGAGGCCCUCCCCUCCCCCAGCAGAGGUCAGGUGCCCUCGUGGUGCUGGGCUCUGAGAGUCACCGUGGCCCUAGCAGCAUCUGGGGGUUCCUGGCCCCGGGGCACCCCCUUAGGCUGAGCGUAGCCAGCGGCUGCGUGUGUCUUUGUCACAAACUGUGGUGGUUUUGGGGAGGGGCGGCCCCCCAGCACAGCCUCCCGGAGAAUCUGAAGGCGCCUGCCCACCCGUCCCGUGGCUUCCCUGCCCUGCCACCUCCGCCACCCCCUCCCCGCUGUCCCUCUGUGACACUAGGAGCUGCCAGCCUUUGCAGGAGCUGUUGUCUCUGUUGGAGCCCCAGCUCCUGUAAGGAAAUAAAGGCGCCUCCUGGCCCUCUCGCCUCCUCUCCCCCUGCCUCUGCCCCCACUGACGAGCACGCAGCGCCCGUGUCACCUGUCCCCGUCCCCCCCGCCAGGCUGGGAGUUCCUGAGGGCAGAGUCCAAGCUUAACACACAGUAGGCGCCUUCCGAGUAUCAGAGGUUGGAAUAAACUGUCACACGAGACUCACGGGGGACCCGAGGGAGAGAACGUCUUAGCUCACGCCUCUGGAAAUGGACACAGGAGCCCUGAGGGGCCCCACAUCCCCGCCUGGGGGCUCAGUCUCGCGCCCUCCUUGCCCCCAUCGCACUCCUGGGGGCACCUUUCCAACCCCAGACAUGACCUGGUCUCUCCCCUGCUCAGACGCCUCCCUGGGCUCCCCAGCACCCUCAGAAUCCUGCGAGCCCUCCGGCCGCCCCCUCCGGCCCCCGCCCACCGCUGGAGCUGCUCUCCCGCCUCCAGGUCUGGCCCGACUGUUCCCUCCAACGGAAUCGCCCCACCCCCGCCGCGUCUGCUUCAGACUCCUACUCACCUUGCAGCGCCCCAGCUCCAAGACCCUGCCCGGCCCAGAGACGGGCAGUGCGUCCAGUUCUGCCCCCCGAUCUUGAAGGCCGGCCCCACGGUCACUCGGGGCUGGAUACCCCACCCCACACCAGGGGUUCGCGACCCUCCGAGCUCCGUUCCUCCCUCGUGAAGGUCGCCCCACCCAAUUUCCGGGCCAAGGCCGGGACGCCAUCCCCGGCGAAGCUCCGGGCGCGGCCAGCAGGUGGCGCCGCGGUCACUCCCAGCACGCCGCCCGCGGCCACCGCGCCACCUCCCGGGCCGCGCCACCGCCGGGGCCCCGGAAACGCCCAGGCGCCGGGGAGGCCGCAGGGGGAGCGGGACCCGGCCUCCCGGGGAAGGGCGCGGGGCGCGGGGGACCCUCCAGCUGGCCGCCCGCAGCAACACGGCUGCGUCCCGACACAGCAGACUAGGCCCCCGGCUUCUGCGCCCCAGCCUCAGUUUCCCCGGUAGAAGAGGCGUCACUCAGCUCACGGUGCUUGCAGCACCCCACCCCAGGCGCCCUGAGGUGCCCGGCCCGCCGCCGUCCAGUCCCGGGG